AUGUCUGGUCCGUUAAACCUGAAGCCGUUGGGCCAUGUGGCUCCACUGCGUACCAUCGGCACCUCUAAUGCCAAGCAGCAUGCCACCAGAUCCGGGUGUUUCCCGCCUUCUAAAUCAUAUAUUCGGCCAUCUCCAUUCGCCCCAAAUGUACAGAUAAUGAAUUUCGGUCUGGCUGAUAUAAACAAUUAUGUUCUUCCGGGGGGGAUCCCUGUUGGCUCGAUCUUUGGGAUUUUCUCUCCCAAUCCAUGGUUAGAUCUGCCUCCUUCACAUGAAUUAAAACCAAUCAAUGAGGUGGAUACCAGUGCAUUUCAUAUUUCGAAUCUUAUCGCAAUUGCUUUCGCUGCCCGUGGGGUUCUAAUUGAAAACUCAGCCCUACUAGUUAUAACGGGUCUCCAUUCGCCAAAAGGAGCUCAGGCAUCUUCGAUCUCAACAUGCUUUUCAUUAUGGCCGUCGCUUUGCUCACAGAAAGUGAUUGAAGAAACAAUAAUUGAAGAAAAAUCGAUUCCCAUGAAAAUAGCCUGGAGAUAUAACACCUUUAGGUCUGGUAAUCAAACGCCCACUCAUACACAUUUGUCUUCUGGCGAUUUAAACAAAGAAGCUGGCCCCUCUUUGGAUUGGACCUCCUCUAUAAAUUGCGACAAGCAUCUCCUCCAAAAGGUGAAGGACACGAUGCACGUGAUUUCGCUGGCAAAAUCUGAAACCCUUAAUGAAGUGAGGCUAUUAAUUGAUAAUUUCUUCACAUUGCUUUCAGAACAUCCUUUUAAAACAGCGCGCAUUAUAAUAGAAGAUCCGUUUAGCAUUUAUUCGAAAUUCUCAACCCCAGAACAAUUUGCUCCAACAUUAAGCCACAUAAAAGGCUAUAAAGGAAUUCCCAUGUCCACGACUUUCAUUUCUCCAAAGCAAUACGAGACUAAUGAAUAUCUUACUCGAGCGCUUGAUGGCUAUGUAGAACUCACAAGCUGUCCCAAAGAGCUUCUUCCAAAAAAAUCAAUUCCCUCUUCGGCCAACGCUCUUAUGAGAUGGAAGAAGCCGUUAAAGCUCCCCAAUUCCACAUAUUGGUCACCGCCAAUAUCCAUAGGUGGCGUGUGGCAAGUCUCAUUAAGUAGGAGAAAAGCGAUCGCAUUGGUUCCAGUUUCGCUGCCCGUUGCUGAUGAGGAUGACGGUAAUAGUGAGCAUUCCUUGUCCUGUUCUUCAAGUACAACAAAUUGGUAG